AUGAACAGCCUAUUUCCCCGCAUCGUUGCUCGCGACGAUGACAGCGAUAGUGGACUCUCAAAUACCAUGGUCGACCUACUCAUUGCUCUCCUCGUACUCGUUUUGUUCUCCCUUGCCCUGGUUGGCGGUCUGCUCGUCCUCCGCCGCAAGCGUCAGCGUAAACAAAACUUGCUCCCAGUCCACAAUGGAGAGUCCCCCAACAGACGCCGUCUAACCAUCUCCACGAACAAAUCAGACUCCAUUCUUGUCUAUGAUGAGAAACGCAGCCUGAUGGAUCACUCCGACAGCCCACCACCUAGCCCUGUGCCCGAGAUCCGCAUUACCUUCCCAGAGGAAGAAGAUGCCAGCGGAAAACGUACUUCUGGCCGCAUGGUUAUCGUCCGAAUCAGUGACGCUGGCAGCGUUGGCCUGGAACCCUGUCAUGAGGAGCUUCCUCCCUACCAAACCACCGAUACCGGUCGCUUCCAGUCCCUGGACAUGGACCGGAUGGGUGGGUUGAAGGAGAAAGACGAGAGGAAGACAUAUCAUUAA